GUAACGGGGCGCGUUUCCGGGGGGAACCGUGAGGGGCGGAUCGCGCGGGGGGGAGCGGGAAGGGACGGACCGCUUCCGGCGGAAGUGGCUGAGGGACGGCGCGCGGGAACCGGGGCUCGCCAUGGAACCGGGGCCGGCCCCGGGCCCUGAGCCCGACCCCGCCACGGGCCCGGUGCCGGGAACUGACCCGGCAGCCGACCCCGACGUGGAGCCGCUGCACCGGGGCGGCUUCCGCUGCCGACUGUGCCAGAUCACCGUGGCAAACCUCCCCAGCCUGCAGUCGCACCUGGCGGGGAAGCGGCACCGGCGGCUCCGGUGUCUCCGUUCCGAGCGGCUCUCGCAGGAGCAGCGGAGCCUCUUCGUCAGCGGCUUCCCCCGGGGCACCGACCCCGCGCGGCUGCGGCGCCACUUCCGCGCCUUCGGGGAUGUCGCGACAGUCGUGAUGGACAAGGAGAAGGGCGCGUUUGCCAUCGUGGAGCUGGGUGACGCCGCGGGGCGGCUGCGGGCGCUGCAGGAGCCCCGGCACCUGCUGGGGGGGCGGCGGCUGCGGGUGCGGCCCCGGGAGCACCGGGAAUUCCCCCGGGAGCGCCCCCGGGACCCCCCCGGGACUCCCCCGGGACCCCCGGGGCUGCUGCAGGCGCUGGGCCGGGCCCAGGAUGUGGGGGCGCAGCUGCAGCUGCUGGUUGUGGCUCUGGAGCUGAGCGCGGCCGAGCGCCGCCUGCGGGAGCUGCUGCUGGCCCUGAUCCGAGAGGUGUUCACAGAGUUCUUCCCAGGCUGCUCCGUUGUCCCCUACGGCUCCUCCGUCAACGGCUUCGACGUCCACGGCUGCGACCUCGACCUGCACCUGGAGCUGGGGGGCCAGGACGGGGACCCCCAAAACCAGGAGACCCCAAAUGGGGACCCCCAAAACCGGGAGACCCCAAAUGGGGACCCCCAGAGCCCAGAGACCCCAAAUGGGGACCCCCAAAACCAGGAGACCCCAAAUGGGGACCCCCAGACCCAGGGGACCCCAAAUGGGGACCCCCAAAACCGGGAAACCCCAAAUGGGGACCCCCAAAACCGGGAGACCCCAAAUGGGGACCCCCAGAGCCCAGAGACCCCAAAUGGGGACCCCCAAAACCGGGAGACCCCAAAUGGGGACCCCCAGAGCCCAGAGACCCCAAAUGGGGACCCCCAAAACCGGGAAACCCCAAAUGGGGACACCCAAAACCAGGAGACCCCAAAUGGGGACCCCCCUCCCAAUGGGUCCCGUUUGGGGGACAAGGACCCCCCCCUAAAGGGGUCACUUUUGGGGUCUGGGGGGUCUCUUUUGGGGGACAGGGGGUCCCAUUUGGGGUCCGAGGGGUCCCUUUUGGGGUCCGAGGGGUCCCUUUUGGGGUCCAGAGACCCCUCCCUGGACGGGUCCCUUUUAGGGGACGAGGCCGCUCCUCCCUCGGGCUCCGAGUCCGAGGGGUCCCUGUCGGGGGGUGAAUCCCCCGAGCCCGGGGGGUCCCUUUUGGGGUGCGGGGGGUCCCUUUUGGGGCGCGGGGCCCCCCCCGAGCAGCUGCUGGCUCUGGUGGGCGCGGUGCUGCGGCGCUGCGUGCCGGGGGUCCGGGGGGUCCGAGCCGUGCCCGGGGCCCGGCGGCCCGUGGUCAAAUUCAGCCACAAACAGUCGGGACUGGCCGGAGACGUGUGCCUGGACAACCGCCUGGCUCUGUUCAACACCCGUUUCCUGCGGCUCUGCGCCGACGCCGACCCCCGGGUGCGGCCCCUGGGCUACGCCGUGCGGCUCUGGGCAGCGGGGCAGCGCCUGGCGGGGAACCGGGCCGGGGGCGGACCCCUCCUCACCAAUUACGCUCUGACGCUGCUGCUGGUGCUGUUCCUGCAGAGCCGCAGCCCCCCCGUGCUGCCCUCGGUGCGGCGCCUCCGACACCUCGCGGGACCCCGGGACCGUGCCCAGGUUGGGGGGUGGGAUUGCAGCUUCCCCCGGGACGCGGCCGAGCUGGAGCCCAGCGGAAACACCCAGAGCGCCGCCUCCCUCCUGGCCGAAUUCUUCUCCUAUUUCGGGAGCCUGGAUCUGGGGGGGCUCCUCCUGUCCCCCCUGGAGGGCCGAGCUCUGCCGCGACCCCCGCCCGGGACCCUCGGGGGGCUCCGCCCGGGCCCCCUGACCCUGCAGGACCCCUUCGAGCUCAGCCACAACGUGGCCGCCAAUGUCACCCCGCGCACGGUGUCGCGAUUCGUGCGCUGCUGUCGCGACGCCGCCCGCCUCUGUCGCGGCCCCGAAUUCCUCCAGAAAUCACGGAGGGGCCGCCCCUGGGGCGUGAUGCGGCUGCUCCAGCCCGAGAAUCCCGGCAAUUCCCAGGGGAAAUUCCUCAUCCCGGUGCCGCUGCGGGCUCCGGGGGUCCCGCGGAGCGAGGUGUGCGCGGCCGUGGGGUUCGUGCUCAGGGAGGUGCUGGGCUGCGGCUGCGAGCCCGAGGGAGACCCGGGGGAGCCAGAACCGGGAGCCGGGAGUCACCUGGAGGGGGAUUUGGGGCUCCCGGGAGUACCGGGGGGUGAGGAGGAGCUGCUCCCGGAGCCGGGAGAGCCAGAACCGGGAGCCGGGAGUCACCUGGAGAGGGUGACGGGCGAUUCCUGGGGGGAUUUGGGGGACCCGGGGACACUCGGGGAUGAGGGGAAGCCACCACCGGGAACCGGGAGUCACCUGGAGAGGGUGACGGGCGAUUCUCGGGGGGAUUCGGGGGUCCCGGGAGUACCGGGGGGUGAGGAGGAGCUGCUCCCGGACCCCUCGGAGCCAGAACCGGGAGCCGGGAGUCGCCUGGAGAGGGUGACGGGCGAUUCUCGGGGGGAUUUGGGGGUCCCGGGAGCACCGGGGCCGGGCUGGAAGCGCCGCCUCCCCGAGGGGGUCGCGGAUGGGGCGGGGGUCCCGCCCGCAAAGCGCCCCCGGGGCCCCGCGGUGCCGGCCCGGUGGAGCUGCUGUGUCUGGUACCGGGUGUGGCGGGGCCGCCGCCGCCUCCGCCGCCGCCUCCGGCUCGGGGGUCCCGGGGGGGCUCCGGAUCCUGGGGGAGCUCCGGGCCCCGGGGGGGUUCAGGGUCCCGAGGGUCCCGGGGGGGCUCCGGAUCCCGGGGGAGCUCCGGGCCCCGGGGGGGUUCAGGGUCCCGAGGGUCCCGGGGGGGCUCCGGAUCCCGGGGGGGCUCAGAAUCCCGGGGAGUUUCGGGGUUCCGGGGGGGCUCCGGGUCCCCGGGAUUUUGAGGGUCCCGGGGGUUUUCGGGGUCCCGGAGGGGUUCUGGAUCCUGGGGGAGCUCAGGGUCCCGGGGGGGCUCCGGGUCCCGGGGAUUUUGAGGGUCCCGGGGGGUUUCGGGGUCCCGGAGGGGUUCUGGAUCCUGGGGGAGCUCAGGGUCCCGGGGGGGCUCCGGGUCCCGGGGAUUUUGGGGGUCCCGGGGGGUCGCUCCUGGCGCUGGAGCGGGCGGUGACCGAUGCCAUUGUCCGGGGGGACACCGGGACCCCCCCCGAGCCGCUGCUCCGGUUCCAGCUCAGCGCCCGCCCGGGGGGGUCGCGCCGGGACCCCCAAAUUCUGCUGCGCCUCCAGCCCGACCCCCCCUCGCAGCUUUUCCAGGAGUUUUUCCACUUUUUGCGGAGUUUUCUGCCGGAAAUGGUGCGGCAGCGCCUGGGCUGGGGGGCGGGGGGCGCGGAGACCCCCGAGGGGGCGGAUUUUGGACAUUCUGAGGUUUUGCAGUAA